AUGUGCCAGAAACCACCAGUUCGGUUGAUCAAGGGACUCCUUGAUGGUGAGAACUGUUUUGUGCAGGAAAUGAACUUCUUUGUGGAGCACCAUUUGCAGUACUUAGAGACGAGCUCUCAAGUUCCUCUCACCAUACUCAGUCAAAAAGAGUACAUAUUCCGUAAUAUCAGGGAUAUUGCAAGUUUCCAUGAAUGUUGUAUUCUCCCCAAGCUGGAGAUGUGCUUCUCAGAUGAUGAUGUAGCCCAGUGUUUUGUCAGUUAUGCACCAGACUUUGAGAUGUAUCUCCAGUUCAUUACAGGCCUGCCCCAAGCUGAGGCCUGCAUCUCAGACAAAAACACACAGCAUUUCUUCAAGCAAUAUGCAAACACAGAGUUGGCACAUUUGGAUACCCAGGUCUUUAAUGUUAGCACGUAUUUGCAGAGACCAAUGGAAAGAAUUCAAACAUACAAGACAGUACUUAAGGAGCUUAUCAGGAACAAAGCAAAAAGCGGACAGAAUUGUUGCCUGUUAGAGGACGCCUUUGCCAUGGUUUCCAGCUUGCCUUGGCAUGCAGAGAACUUGCAUCAUCUGUCUAUGAUUGAGAAUUACCCAGCACCUCUCAAGGGGCUUGGAGAACCCAUUAGACAGGGCCAUUUUAUAGUAUGGGAGGAGAUUCCUGAGGUCAAAAUCUCUCUGAGAGGACAUCACCGCCAUGUCUUUCUCUUCAAAGACUGUAUUGUAUUCUGCAAGCCAAAGAGAGAACUUGGCACAUACACUGAGGCCUACAUAUUUAAGAAUAAAAUGAAGUUGAGUGAUAUUGAUGUAAAGGAUACAGUGGAAGGAGAUGACAGGUCAUUUGGUCUUUGGCACGAGCACCGGGGAAUGGUGAGAAAAAUCAUUCUGCAAGCUCGAUCCAUCCUCCUCCGCCUCUCCUGGCUCAAAGAUCUGAGAGACCUGCAGCAGCGCAGCAAACAGCCCGCUUGGAGUGCCCCGUGCUUUGAGCAGCAUCUUACUGACUAUCCAGCAAAGCUUGGACAAACUGUAAAACUAGUCUGCAAGGUCACUGGCACACCAAAACCAGUAAUAAAGUGGUAUAAAGAUGGUCAUUCUGUGAAGGAUGACGAACAUCACAUUACAUCAGAAGGACAGUUGGGUGCUUGUUAUCUUGUACUGACUGCUGUCACAGUGUUGGACUCAGGUCAAUACAUGUGUUAUGCAACCAAUCCUGCAGGGAAUGCAAGCACUCUGGCUAAUGUCAUGAUUGAUGUGCCUCCAAGUUUCACAACCAGACUACAAAACUCAGUGCUUGUAAAGGGACAAGAUGUGCAGUUCAAGUGCUCCACACAAUCUGAUCCUUUACCGUCAAUUAGGUGGUUUAAGGAUGGCAUUCAGCUUGAAAACACCAAGAAACAUCAGAUUCAAUCUGAUGUCCAGACAGGAAUUCUUACUCUCACCAUAAAGACAGCGGAAGAGGCAGAUCUGGGUCAAUACCAGUGUGAGCUACUGAAUGAAGUGGGCAGUGCCAAGUGUAAAGCUGAACUCUGCCCUCCAACACCAUUAGCUGUGACAGUCAGCACCCAAAAACAAUCACAAACCACCCCAACUCCAGAGCCCCAAUCAGAAGGUUGGUCCAGUUCCUUUGUGAAGAACCUGUUUCAUAUACUCUUUCAGCCUGGAUAUCGUGAACUACCUGCUGCUGGCGUUGAAGAUACACAAACUCUUGAAGAACAGGAUGAUGUGGAGAGGCAGGCGCAGGCGGCACAGGAAGAGGGACCUAUAGAGCCUGAGGAACACUUUUACUCAAACACAGAGGAGGAGAUGCUGACAGAGCCUCCAGCUGUGCAAGUGGCCAUUGAAGACCUGACAGUCCGGCCUGGUCAGCCUGCAACAUUCUCUGCAAUUAUUACUGGCCAACCCACCCCAGAGAUUCAAUGGUUUAAGAAUGACAAGGAAAUCUCAUCCAAUGAGUACACAGAAAUAGUCCAAAGUAGUGCACGUUGCUCUCUCACUUUGCUGGGUACUCAAACAGAAGAUUGUGGCACCUACACAUGCAUAGCUAGCAACAGUGCAGGACAAGCGUCUUGCCAAGCUAAACUCAGUGUUGAUGCAGGUCCAGAUGAAAUUGAGGAGGAGAGAGAAGUGGAGUUUGGAAAAAGACGGAAACUACAUUCUGUAUAUGAAGUUUAUGAAGAAAUAGGAAGGGGCACUUUUGGAGUGGUUAAAAAAGUAACGCAUAGGGCGAGUGGCGAAUGUUUUGCUGCUAAGUUCCUUCCACUCAGAAGCAGCACACGGACCAGAGCGUUUCAGGAGAGAGACCUACUGUCCCGUCUAGCUCACUGCAGACUCGCAUGCCUCUUGGACUUUUUCUCCACAAGACGCACCCUGGUGUUGGUUGUAGAAUUAUGUUCUACACAGGGGUUACUAGAUCAUUUGUUUUUAAAGGGAUCGGUUACAGAGAGGGAGGUCCAGUUAUAUAUUCAGCAGGUUCUGGAGGGCAUUGGCUAUAUACACAGUAUGAACAUUCUACAUCUGGAUAUCAAAACAGACAAUAUCCUAAUGGUGUCCCCUGCUACAGAAGACAUCAAAAUCUGUGACUUUGGAUUCUGCCAGGAAAUUGACAACUCCAGACAUCAAUACAGCACAUUUGGGACACCUGAAUUUGUUGCUCCAGAAAUUGUUCACCAAGAACCUGUGACAGUAGCCACUGAUAUCUGGUCUCUUGGUGUGGUUACUUACUUAUGCUUAACAUGCCACUGUCCUUUCUUCGGUGAGAACGACCGUGCCACGCUGAUGAAGGUUGCUGAGGGUUUGCUGUACUGGGACACACCUGAGAUCACAAGCAGAAGUGUAGAGGCACAGGACUUCCUACAUAGGGUUCUACAGCCAGACCCAGAAAUGAGACCAUCUGCAUCUGAGUGUUUGAGUCACGAGUGGUUUCAGGGUUAUUAUGAAGAUGAAGAACCAGAGGACAUAAAUACCAAAAAUUUAAAAUCUUUUAUUUCGAGAAGAAAAUGGCAGCGUUCUUUAACAUGUCUCGGCUCGGUUCUGACUCUGAGACCAAUCCCAGAGUUGUUAGAGGCUCCUCUGCGUGACGUUUCGAUUACAGCUUCAAGGGAGCCCCAGGAGCCCAGCAGCACCUCCCUAAGCAGUGGAUCCUCUUCAGAUUAUGAUGAGGCAGAUGCCUGGGACUUCUUCCAGCAGAUGAGCCAAGAGGAUGAAGAUGAUUUGGAGGAAGAAGAUGAAUAUGACCCAUACGCUCAUGUGUCAAAGACACCCACAAUUCUAAAACGGGAUGAGGAAGAUGUGCUUAUUGGUGAGGACAGAGUUCACAGUGGCCCGCUGGUGAUUCCAAUGAACACACCGUUAACAGAGCCGGUAAGCUUGGAGCGAAGGGACAGUAGCCCCUCUCUUCACCUCUCUGAAGGAGAGGAAGGAUUGGCUGGUGGGCCUCCCAUACCACGUCGUAGCCUCAUCAAGAGCACGUUUUACUGCAGCUCUGAGCAGCUCUCGCCCAUAUCUGCUCGUCACAUGACACUUCGGGAUAAAAUCCAAGCUAAAAAGCAAGAGCGUGGCCGUAAACCCCUACGUGCCAGCCUCUCUGGCAGGUUGAACGAGCCCCUAAUAGAGUAUGUAGAAGAUUCCCCAGACUUAGAAGCUAAUCGUAACCAAAGAAGAGGCUCAAUGCAUUCAUCUAUCCUCAAGUCCAGCUCAUUUGAUAGUGGAGUGAGUGCUGCCCAUCCAAACAUACACACGCAGAGAAGAAGCAGAUCAUUAGAUGUGUACAUGCAACGCUCUCCAGCUUCAACGGUGCAGGGAGAGGACGAGCAUGAUGUUGAAGUUAGCCAGAAACCAGAUGCCACUGAUGAAGAGGAGGCAAAAACUGAAGAAGUCCAAGUGAGAAGGAAACUCUGCCGUCGCUCUGCAUUUUUGUCGAAGAAGGGCCCAGUUGUUAUGAGGAAGGUGAGAGCGCAGGUCCAUGAGCCCGAAGAAGGACAUCAGCCAGUCUUAAAAAGUUCAUGUGAGGAUGACAUCCAAUUGCAGAUCAUGGAAACAGAAGCAGCACAUUUGGGUGAUGAGGAGAGCAUGGAUGGCUCACAGCUUUCGCUAGCAUGCUCCCUUGACCACGUUUCAGAGGCAUCUAGCAGGGUAGGCUCAUAUGAAGAACUCUCUUACAGACACCACCAUGAUGAGACCUUGAUCGCUGGAUCCUCUGGAAAAACAUCUCUAUGCUCUCUUCUACAGGACUCUGAGGAUGAAGACAUGGAGAGGGUCCUGAGAUCUCUUCGCCAAGACCUCCCGCAAGCCCCGCCAAGACGCCGCACCAACAGUUCAAGCUCUGGACUAAAUGAGAUGCGCAAUAAGAGUGACAUUCAUCUAAGAAGAAGCUCUUCGGCACUUCCUGUCCAGGCUGCGGUAGCAGGCCGAGAAAGCAAAGAGGUGCUUCAAAGACAUGCCUCAGCCCCAGCUCUACAAGACAAACCCCCUAGUGGGAAAUCUUCCAAGCCUGGAUUCAUGAAGAUCUUCCGCAAGCACUCAUGGGCUAGCCAUUCUUCUCCUCAGCUAGAGGGCUUGGAAAAGAAACAAGGAGAAGGAGCAUCCUCACAGCCUAAGACCCCUCUUCUAAAUCUAAGGAAGAAGAUGCGAGCUUCAGCAUCUAGCAUUACAAAACUCUUCACCCGACAGUGCAGCAAGGAUGACAUAGAGAAGAAGAAAGGCGGACCAAUUGUGAAGAACCCCUCACCUGUCAUACCAGACAAAAUGACUCACCCUGCCACAGUUCCUGCUGCCACCUCAUCUGAAAGUCCUCAGAAGAAGUCCAAAUUGUUCUCGCUGAAAGUGCCGAUAUUUAAGAAAACCAAAGAAAGUCCAGUCAAACCAUCCAGGCCAGAUGUCAUUCAGCUAUCAGUGGGUGGAGCUCUUGUGUUCUGGAAACCUGUGCCGUCCAAAGAGCCUGUCACAUAUUGUAUUCAGUAUAGUGUAAAUGGUGGGGAGUGGAGAACAUUGUCAGAGAAUGUCACAGACAGCUGUUUCACAGCUAAUGCCCUUCCGAGAGGACCGGGAUAUAUAUUCAGAGUGUCCUAUAACACCAAGACAGGGCUGGCACCUUUCAGUGACCCUUCACCACCUGCUUUUAUGGCCACGCCUUAUGAAGAGUCUCACAAUCCUCUCAUUCAGAUGGAAUCUAUUGGGUCAAAGGUCACUGUACCUGGAGGUCUUGGCACUGAGAAGUCUUAUAGCUUCCUGUCUGAAAUCAACAGAGGCCGUUUUAGUGUGGUAACGCAGUGUGAGGAUAGCCGCAGCUCUCAGAUGUUGGCAGCCAAGAUGACCCCCUACAGACCAGAGCAGAGGCAAUUGGUUUUGAGGGAAUAUCAACUGCUUCGCCGGCUGAGUCACCCUCGGAUUGUCCAGCUGCAGUCGGCCAUUCUCACCCCCACCUGCCUGGUGCUUAUAGAGGAGCUGUGCUCAGGACGAGAGCUUCUUUAUAACCUUGCAGAAAGGAAUCUAUAUUCAGAAACACAUGUGACAGACCUACUAGAGCAGAUUCUGAGCGCUGUGGAUUACCUGCACAGCCGACGCAUUGUACACCUGGACCUAAAGUCAGACAACAUGCUUGUGACAGGCCGAAAUGUAGUGAAGAUUGUGGAUUUGGGCUCCGCUCAGCCCUUCACUCCAGGACAUGCGCUGAACAUCGAACACAUCAAAGAAAUGACAGAUAAUAAAGUUUAUAUUGUCCUUCCUAAAGCUCCUGAAAUCUUAGAAGGACAAGGAGUUGGACCCGAAACUGAUAUCUGGGCUGUUGGUGUUUUGGCUUUUAUAAUGUUGAGUGCAGACAGUCCCUUUCAUGCUGAUUUAAAUUGGGAGAGGGAUCGAAACAUCAAAAAAGGAAAGAUCCAGUUCAGUCGUUGUUACCCAGGACUCUCAGAGGGAGCCAUCAACUUCAUGAAGAACACCCUGAGCAACAAAGCCUGGGCAAGACCAACAGCUGCAGAGUGCCUCCAAAACCCCUGGAUACAAGGAGACCGUCCUCCCUCCAAACACACCGACUCUGUGGUCUGUUUUUCAGCAGACAAGCUGCAGGCCUAUCUCAGGGAAAGAGAGGUCAAGCGAGAUCACGUCCGCACAAAAAUUAAACUGCCCCUCUCAUAAUUCAAGGGACAGAACAUAUUUGGAGGCUGAAAUUGAUGUGUGAAACUGUGAAAUGCUUUUGUAGGUUUUUUUUUUUUUUUUUUUUUUAAGCUUUUUAAUGAUAAUCAAUUAUAUUUCUUUAGAUAAAACAUUUUUCGACAGGUGUAAUCCGGCAAUCUGCAUGACAUUUCUUCAAUUAUUGCUUUGUAAUCAUUCAAACAGUGACGCAUUACUUAAACACUAUUUUACAAUAGUGUAAAUAUAUGCGUAUUAUGGCUUUCCGUAUGCAAGCUGUGUAUUGUUCAAAAAGUGAUAAUACAAUAUUCUGAACAGUUUUAAAGGUGUUUGAUAUGUUUAGCUUGAAUUACUGAAAACAUCUAUCUAUCUAUCUAUCUAUCUAUCUAUCUAUCUAUCUAUCUAUCUAUCUAUCUAUCGUUCUAUCUAUCGUUCUGUCUAUGAAUGAAUGUAAGAUGUAGAACAGGUUAUUGCAGUAUAUUGUUUUUUCUUUUUUCUUUUUUGGUGUUAAUAAAAUUAUAUGCCACCACUCUAUCAGGGAUAACUUUCUUGUAUUAUAUGUGAUGUGGUUAAAAGCAAUAUUUUGUUAAUCACUCAGAUAUUUUUCUCAUUUUUAUGCAAAUUUUACUUUAUGUAUAAGGAUUGUAUUGGUUUUGGACUGGUAAGGAUAAUAUAGGGAUUGCAGUUGCCUCUGCAGUGAGUUUUUUUUUUUUUUUUGUCAAAAAUUCCAUGCACUUAAAAUAAACGUUUUAUUACACUGUAAAACUUAUUUUGUAGUUUGGAUUUAUACAGUGAUGAUUUAUAUUUUUAAACACACUAACCCAUAAGUAAGGCAUUUUAU